UCGUUGAACGCAGAUUGUACGAGGCGUUUUGCCUGGAAAGAGAAACAGUUUGGACACGAAGACCUACUCAAAACCUGGGAUAUUUUACUUAAAAUUCUUCAAUUUUGCGUUUGGAAAGCAAAGUGGAGGCAACUUUUUAUCGGGAGUGACUGUCCAAGAAGCCCAAGGCGUCUUGACUGGACUUCCCAAACACAAUACACAGCCCGAAUUUGCCAAUGACAUAACCAAGGAUUUGCAGACUCUUCCUGGGGUCGAGUCAGCCAGCCCCAACGCUGCUGGAUUUUUGUGGUAACGUUGUGAAGUUGAAAGGAAGCAGAUUUGCCAGUCAUCAUGCCGGCCCUCUCCACCAGAACCGGCAGCGAGAUGGGUCUGUAUGAGCUGUUGUCUGUAUUGCCGUCUCAGCUGCAACCUCAUGUUGAGAGCGCAGAUGACCGCUCUUUUCUACACGCUAUGUUUGGGGAGAGGAGUCUACAUUCAUUGGUCAAGAUCCAUGAGAAGCUACAGUGUUAUGAAGACCGUGCUCCGACUCCAGUACUGGACAGCGCCGGCUCACUGGCUCAAGACUUGACGGAGGAACUUCAGGAAAGAAGUGCAAGUCAUGAGAUCAGAGAGCUUGUCAAGCUACUGUCCAAACCACAUAUAAAGAGUUUGUUGUCUGUUCACGAUACCGUGGCCAGGAAGAGUUACGAUCCAGAACUUCCUCCUCUGCCAGACGACAUUGAUGACGAAGAAGAUUCUGUCAAGAUCAUUCGACUGGUCAAGAAUAAAGAGCCUUUGGGUGCCACCAUUAAGAAGGAUGAACAAACUGGUGCAAUCAUAGUUGCGCGCAUCAUGAGGGGCGGGGCGGCAGACAGAAGUGGGCUGAUACAUGUUGGAGAUGAGCUGAAAGAGGUCAACGGUAUCCCUGUAGAUGGCAAAAAACCUGAGGAAAUUAUUCGGGUCCUGUCUCAGUCGCAAGGUGCCAUCACGUUCAAAGUAGUCCCAGGCAUCAAAGAGGAGGCACAAAGCAAAGAGCCCAAGAUGUUUGUAAAGGCGCUUUUUGACUACGAUCCAGCUGAGGAUAAGGCGAUCCCUUGCAAGGAGGCAGGCUUGGCGUUCAAGAAGGGAGAUAUCCUGCAGGUUAUGAGCCAGGACGAUGCCACCUGGUGGCAGGCCAAACUGGAGGGCGAUGGCAACCCGCGUGCAGGACUCAUCCCAUCCAAACACUUCCAGGAGAGGAGGCUUGCAGUCUUUAGACCUGUGACUGUCACAACUCUUCAGAGAACACCCAGCAAAAGAUUUUAUGAUGAGACAGUUGAAUGGGUGGAGGACAUUGAAGAGGACACUGAGUUUGCCUCCUAUUUAAGUGGACUCCACAUUGCGGGUCUACGGAGGAGUUUUCGCCUCAGCAGAAGAGAUAAGAAGACAAAUAAGUCGAUGUAUGAAUGUAAGAAAAGUGAGCAGUACGACACAGCUGACGUGCCCACUUAUGAAGAGGUGACGGUCUACCGGAGAAAACACGGAGACAGGCACAGACUUGUUGUGUUAGUCGGUCCUACUGGUGUUGGUUUGAAUGAACUCAAAAGGAAGUUGUUGAUAUCUGAUCCACAACAUUUUAGUGUCACCAUCCCACACACCUCUAGAUCAAAGCGACAUCAGGAAAGCGAUGGAGUGGAGUAUCAUUUUAUCUCCAAACACCUUUUUGAGGCAGACAUUCAGAACAACAAGUUCAUCGAACACGGAGAGUAUAAGGGAAACUACUAUGGGACGAGCCUCGACUCUGUGCGUUCAGUCCUGUCCAAGAACAAGGUGUGCCUUCUAGACGUACAGCCACAUACACUAAAGCAUCUUCGCACGGCCGAGUUUAAACCCUAUGUGGUGUUUGUGAAGCCUCCAUCCAUCGAGCGCUUGAGAGAGACCAGGAAGAACGCAAAAGUCAUCUCAGGCAAAGACGAUAAGAACUCGUCCAAACCCUUCUCGGACGAGGACUUCCAGGAGAUGAUCAGCAUGGCUCAGAUGAUGGAAAACCAGUACGGUUACCUUUUUGAAAAGGUCAUUGUGAACGACGACCUCACGAUUGCCUUCAACGAGCUCAAACAGGCGCUCAGGAAAGUGGAGACGGAAGCUCACUGGGUGCCUAUCAGCUGGACUCAUUCCUGAGUGGCGGCACAAAACAGGACAAAGGGAACAAGGCGUCAAAUUUGGGACGGGGAAAACUAAGGGAAGGACUUGAGGAACUGUGAAUGCUUUUAUUUUUGGCUGUAGAUGGUGACAGGGAAAAUAUUCUAGUUGUCUUAACAAAUCUGAAAGUGGUUUAUCUAUAUCUUGGAGACUAAAGUGGAAGCGUGUAGGUUUGUUUGUGUUCUGUCGUGGCGGAUAUAGCUGAACGGGUGUAGCUGCACUCGCAGCAAACGUCUGAUUGUUUAGAGAGCGCCGCCGCUGAGAGAGUGUUUCAGACUGCCAAUCAAGUGGUCUGGUGGUGUUGACCACUCCUUGGUGUAUUUUUAACAUUAGUUUAUAGAAACCAAAGGGAUGAUUAUUAUUUUUCUGUUCUCAAAGUACACAUUUUUGUAUUUCGGAAUUUAGCGCACUGUACUCCACUGGCCUAUUACUCUGCAGCUAGUUUAAUCGGCACAGCGUUAACCAUAUAUAUAUAUAUAUAUAUAUAUAUAUAUAUAUAUAUAUAUAUAUAUAUAUAUAUAUAUAUAUAUAUAUAUAUAUAUAUAUACAUACAUAUAGGGGGGGCAUCAUGUAAUGUUCAGUGGGCCCAAAGUGAUUGUUAUUUAAUAGAAAAUUAAUAUAUUUUGAUAUUUUUUUGGACUUUUACUUUUUUAGCCCAUUCCCUGUUGAGAUUUUUAAAUUAAAAUCAGAGCUGUGAGGAUUUUUUUAGCCUUUUAGUGCAUUCUCAUGGCUGAUCAAAGCCUCAGGGUCCCUGUAGACAGAGCUUUUAUUAGUGUACAGUGUAACCCGAUGUGUGCAAAAUCUGACUUCUUUUAUUCAGUUUUGUCUCUCUGUUUUUCUCUAUCCCCUUUUCCUUCCAUGAGGACUAGCUGAUGUUGAGGGCAGGCAUUUGGAAAGAACAUAUGAGGGGAAUAGAGGGGAUAGAUAGUCUGGGCUGAUCAAGUCUUGGAAGCCUAACAGCAGCACUUCCACAAUUGAAUCUCACUGAAACUGAUGUGAAAUGGUAACCCCAAAUGUUACGAGGCAUUUCAGACAGGAUUAGUUCACCCAAAAAUGAAAAUUCUGUCAUAAUUCAGUUCUAUUGUGUAACUCAGAGGACUCUGAAUAUAGAACAUGAGUCAUUUGAACUUAAAUGGUACUUUAUUAUUCUUGGUGCUCAACAGUCCCCAUUCAACUUAAGUUGCGUAACUUGUACAUAGGAAGAUAGAAUGUCAUACCGAUUUUUUUUAACACUGGUGAUGCUCUGAAAUUUCUGCAACCCAAGAUAUUUGGCUGAAAUGGGGAAAAAGUCAUUUCCAGCCUAAAUAGUUUUGAUAGAAAUGAUGACAUUUAAUUAGCGCUUCUCAGACGAUGCAAUUUGACCGUUUAUUUUGUGCACAUAAUGUGGGAAAAGUACAACAGAAUAAACAUGUCAGCAGUUUGGAUGCAUUUCAGUGUGAGAAAAAGUAAAGCUAAAGUAGCAGAAUGUAAAAUUUGUUUGAAAUAUCAAGAGCUCAUUGCCUAAGACUAUGACUGUUUUAAUUAGCAUCUGAGAACAUUACACCUCCAAAUUUAAUUACCCAAAGUUUAUUUUCAGUUUUCGGCUAAAUGACAAAUUUAAUUUUGUUUUUUGGUGUUAUUGUUAAAAUCAUUUUGAUGCAUCACUAGUAACAUGAGGGUGCGUAAAUGUUGAUAGAAUCUUGAUUUAUUGGGUGAAAUAAGUAAGGUCUUUUCAGACAUUAAAGGGAUAAAAUAUUUCACUAAAUACAUGCAUGUUUUUGUUAUCAUUUUGUUCUUUUAUCACAAUCAAGCAGUGUCAAUCUCUCUCUUUGUACUGUUUAAUUUAGUCAUACAGUCCACAUAAAUACAAUCAAAAUCAAGGUGCACUGACCUUUGACAUUUGUCCUUGCCUUGUUUUUCAUUUAUGCCUGUCUUUUUAUAUCUAUACAAACCAGAUUCUAAACUCUUCUCAAGCUUCAAAGUCUUAAAUGAAAUAUGCAAAGUGAAUAUCAAAUCCUGUAUUUUAAUAACAUACCUCUACUGUAUACCCAUUGUCUUUUCUCUGCCAAGUGAAAGCCUCAUCUGAACAAGUUCAUGUACCUGUUUUAUUCUGUUGAUGCUUAUGAGUUUACAACCUGUGCUGUUAUAAAUCAUCUCCUCCUCCAAAUGGACAUUAAAUAUGUCAAUCAGUUA